GUCCAAAGUGAAUCAUAGAUCCACGGCUACGAUUUAACCGCCUCAAAAGAUUGGUAAAAUUAAGAAAAAACAAAACCCCUAUAAGUACACACCUAUCCUCUCCAUUCAUCUCCCAACAAUUAAAAAAACACAACUCAAAAGACUUCGAUCGUCUUCAAGAGAGAAUCGAACCAAGUUUACAUGGUUGAGCUAGACAUCCAAGUUCCAUCAGCAUUCGACCCGUUCGCAGAAGCUCAAGAAUCAGAUGCACCAGGGACAAAAGAGUACAUCCACGUCCGGAUCCAGCAGAGGAAUGGGAAAAAGAGCUUGACGACUGUUCAGGGUCUGAAGAAAGCGUACAGCUACGAGAAGAUUCUCAAGGAUCUUAAGAAGGACUUCUGCUGCAACGGGAACGUGGUGCAGGACAAGGAGCUAGGAAAGAUCAUUCAGCUUCAGGGUGAUCAGAGGAAGAAGGUGUCUCACUUCUUGGUUCAGACUGGGAUUGCUAAGAAGGAGCAGAUCAAGAUCCACGGGUUCUAAAGACCCGCGAUUCGAAUUGGAUCGUGUGAUAUCUUUCUGUCUAUUUAUAUAUAUAUGCGAAUAAUUGGACGUGGUGUUUGUGAUCACUAGGAAGGUUUUUUUUUUCUCGUUUUGAUUGUUGUUUGUUGGUGUGGGACAUUUGAGUUGUGGAAUGAUGAUAAACCACCUUUCGAUUA